UAGAGUUAUGUUGAAGAAGUCAUCUGUGGGGCUAACAAUCAUUGAACAUGUGUUUAUCAUCUGAACGAAUGGAAAUAUUUUGAGGUUAUUAUUCCGAUAUUAUGCUAAUGUUAGCAGAUUUGCUAGUUUGCAUUCUGACUUGCUGAAGCACAUGUGCCAGCUAGGUUCAAUCCAAAUGUAGCUUGCUGUCAAGCUCUGUUGUUAGCUGCACAGUAAGAAAGGACGAACUGAGUUGGCUAUGAAGACUUUUAGGUGCUCUGCACGCCAUGGCUAUGCAGUGGAAGUAUCUCCCUUUCUACCAAACAGACUUGCAUGCGCGACAUCCCAGUAUUAUGGAAUAGCUGGAUGUGGAACUCUACUUGUGCUGGAGCAAAGGGAAUCUGAUAUUGGUCUCAUAAAAAGUUUUGAUUGGAACGAUGGGCUGUUCGACGUCACCUGGAGUGAAAAUAAUGAGCACGUGCUAGUGACAGGCGCGGGAGAUGGGUCGUUGCAGCUGUGGGACACGGCAAACCCUCAAGGACCUCUACUAGCGCAGAAGGAGCAUACGAAAGAGGUUUAUUCUGUAGAUUGGAGUCAGACUCGUGGCGAGACCCUUCUGGUGUCCGGCUCAUGGGAUCACACAGCUAAAGUGUGGGAUCCUGAGCGUCUGCAGUGCCUGUGCACCCUGCGGGGUCACGAAGGGGUCAUCUACAGUACCAUCUGGUCCCCUCACAUCCCAGGGUGCAUUGCGUCUGCGUCAGGAGACGGAACUCUGCGUGUGUGGGACACAAAGUCAGCUGCCUGCCGGUUGGCCAUCCCAGGCCACAAGGGAGAGAUCUUAAGCUGUGAUUGGUGCAAAUAUGACCAGAAUGUGUUGGCGACGGGAUCCGUGGACUGCAAUGUGUGUGUGUGGGAUCUAAGGAACGUGAGGCAGCCAGUGUCUCAACUACUGGGACACACCUACGCUAUCCGGAGAGUCAAGUUCUCUCCAUUUCAUCAGACAGUCUUGGCAUCCUGCUCCUACGAUUUCACAGUCAGGUUCUGGGACUUCUCAAAACCCGAGCCUCUGCUAGAGACCCUGGAGCAUCACUCUGAGUUUGUCUGUGGCCUGGACUUCAACCUGCACAUCCCUAACCAGGUGGUGGACUGCUCCUGGGACGAGACGGUAAAAAUCUACUCCCCUCCACGGCUGGCCGACGCCCAACCAAGCGCGCCGUAGAGAAAGAUAAUUACCCUGCCGCAAGGUGGAGAGAAAAGAGGGUGAGCCGUGGAAAAAAAAGAUUGCAAAGGAGGGAGGGGAAGAGGGAGGGAUGGGGGACGCUCAGGUUCGUCUCAAUCCGUGGGCAUGGAGUUUGCCAAGGCGGCGCUGCGGUAUUCCUAAUGACGCUAUUAAAGGGGAGGACUCAGGGGCAUCCGUGCGAACACACACGGCUGUCCGGCUCGCGCGUACAGGAGGAGGGAUUCCUCGUGUAGCGGGGAGCACCGCGAUUCACACUCACCUGAAGCAGCUGCAUUCUAAGUGCCAUUACUGUGAUGUGAACCUAUGCGUUUUCUAAGAUGUGUGACAGAAAUCAUAGUGUCACAGGGGUUCAACACCUAGCCUAACCUUUCCCCUGGAAUCCCGCUCUACCCUGUGUCCAUAUGCAUUUGUAUUUGUUCAUUUCCCUGAUGAUGUACAAUUAUAUUAAUGACCAGAUUGUAUUAAUUUACUGUCUGGCCAGUAUUGUGCCUGUAACUGUAUGUCCAUAAAAUGUGAUAAACUACGACCAUGUUUACUAAGAAAAUCUAUAUCAAUAAAGACCUAAAUUGUGUACUUAAAUUUUAUAUUAUGUUUAGCUACAAAUAAUUCGGCCCAGCCCAUUGUGUUGUCAAAUGUUAUAAUGUGUACUUGACAGAGUUGUGUAUAAAUGUAGGUGCGGUGGGAGUUUAACCAUGCGUAAAUAAAUUAUUGUUCUCGUUAAAUAAUAAUGGAAAUGUUUCCUUAUCUUUCAAAUGUGUAAUGCACUGGAAACUGAAAUGUAUGUCAGAAUUAACAGAGAUUGUUUUCGGCGGGGA